AUGAAUCUCUUCUCGAAACCCGACCCAAAAGGUACGAUUCUUUUUAAACACUUUUAUUGCAAAAAAUCUGAAAAUAACUGGACAUUUUCAGCUCUCUCACAUUUUUUCCGCCAAUAAUUCGUUCUCUUCUUCCAGAAUUGGAGCGCGCGAACAAAAAGGAAUUGCGGCGAACGAACCGAGAUCUAGAGUCGGACCGUCGUCAAAUGGAGCGACGAGAAAAAGAGUUGGAGAUGGAGAUCAAGAAAUUGGCGGCGAAAGGACACAACGACGCGGCACGGCAUCUCGCCAAACAACUCGUUCAGCUCAGGAAUCAGCGGACGAAGAGCGUCGGAAUGAGUGCGCGCAUCAGCGGAGUUCAGGCACAGAAUGCGUUAGUUUUGCAAAUUUCGAUAGAAUAAUUGAGUAGCUAAAUAUUUGUUCACACAUUUGCGUGUUGCAGUCACAUGCAAAGUAUGGCCAAAAUGGGCUCGGCGAUGGGAACGACGGUGAAGACGAUGAAGGCGAUGAACGCGCAAAUGCCGCUCGAGAAGGUCGCGCAGAACAUGCGAGAGUUUCAGAUGGCUCAGGAGAAAAUGGGACUCACCGAAGAGGUAUUUUUGAGAUUGAUUUCAUUGGCCAGCAUUGGCUUUUAGAAUUUUUUUUUUCUUGACUUUUGGACCACUUGCAUCAAUCCGAUCGGACCCAAACUUUGCAGGCUUUAUGGACUUGGAUUCAAGUAUAUUGGAUCAAAGUUUCAGACUAAUCCGAUAAUCUCAUCUGGAAAUAUGUGGUUGUGAGGCCGGGUUUAGCAAAAAUUCAUCCUUUGCGGCCUCUCAUCCACAUAUCUCGGGAUCAGUUGAUCCGAACGGUCUCAAAUUUGAUCCCAAAAUACUCCAAUCCAAGUCCAAGAAGCCUGCAAAGUUUGAGCCCGAUCGGAUCAUUGCAAGCCCGUCAAAAGUGCAGGUCUCGGCAGGUCUUCAAAAAGCCUGGGCCGGCCUUUUGCCCAGCCCUGCAAAAAACCAGAAUCGAAAGUCGAGACCUCGACAAUCCCCUGAAGUGCCCACUCUCUGUAAAUAAUUGACAUUUUUCAGAUGAUGAACGACACACUGGAUUCGAUUCUGGACGCGCCCGGAGACGCCGAAGAGCAAGACGCCAUCGUGGCCCAGGUGCUCGACGAAAUCGGUAUCGAGAUGAAUUCCAAGGUAACAAUUGUUUCGUUUCUUUUCACAUCUUCAAAUUGCACAGACAUUGGAGAAACUAUAUUUAAAAACGUUGAUAAAACAUGUGUUUUCAGCUUGCCAACGUUCCCCAGCUGCCCACGAAGAUUGGAAGUUCGGCGCCGGCCAGCUCACUCGACGACCUCGAAGCGCAGUUGGCCAAAUUGAGGAGCUAA